CUCUUCCCUAUCUACCCUGUAAAGAAAAUCCCUACUCUAAUCAUUCCACUUAAUUCUCUUAAUAUAAGUGCAUUUCUUUUAAACAACUUAACCCCCCCCCCACCCCAUUAGACUUAACCAACAACACAUUUUUCUUGCUCCAUGGCAUCCUUGAUAAAGUUUGGAUUAACCAUGGAGCUUCUUCUCUUAUCAACAGGACUUAUUUCUACUUUCUUCAUGCUCAAAAAAACUAUUAGUCCUUAUUACUUAUUUAACAUGUUCUUUGUUAAUUUAAGUGAAAUCUUGAAUUAUUUGAAGAGCUUCUUGUCAUCUCCAUUUUAUAUUUGCCUUUUUAUCAACUCUGUUGUCAUUCUUAUCUUAACUUUCUCCAAAUUUCAACACACAAUCAAGAAAUUCAUCGAUAUUUUUCUAGAUGAUCAAAAGGAUGUUGAUUAUGAUGAGGUCCAAAUUCAGCCACAAGUACAUCAUCAAGAAAAAGAGGAGUAUAUGCCAAAUAGAACUAAUUCAGCAAUUGCAAUGGACACCCUUAUGUCUUUCUUCAAUCGCUACAAUUCGCAUCCAGAUAUUCAAGAUGAUAUGCCAACAACAACUACUACGCCUCAGUCUCAAAUAAGUUGGGGGCGACUAAAGACCAAACUUGACUGUCCACAAACAACAACUACUACUCUGCCUCAGUCUCAAACACGUAGAGAUCGACUAAGGGCCAAAGCUAAUAGUGCAAAAACUACUUUGCCUCAAUCUCAAACAAGUUGGGAUCGGGUAAGUGCCAAAAUUGAUAGUAGUCCAAAAACAACUAUUACUACUCUGCCUCGGUCUCAAAUAAGUAGGGAUGGACUAAGGGUUAAAGCUAAUAGUGCACAAACAACAGAAACAAAAACUACUCUGCCUCAUUCUCAAACAAGUUGGGAUCCGGUAAGUGCCAAAAUCGAUAGUAGUCAACAAACAUUGCAUAAUUUUCGAGACAUAUCUCAUUUGACUGAGGCCCGUGAAAUCAUUAGUCCACAUAUAUCAGAUCAUGAGACAAUUACAAGAACUAAUUAUCAAGAAAUUAUUGAAGAAGGGGAAUUAGAGGGUGAUUCAUUAGAGGCAACAUGGGAGGCGAUCACGAAGAAAAAGGAACUGAAAAAAUCAUUGACAUUUAACGAUGCUUUAUCGAUGUCUCGAAUUGGGGGAUUGAGAGGGGAUAUUUCUGUUAGUACAGAGGAGUCCAACAAGAAAUUUGAUGAUUUCAUUAAGAAAAUCAAUCAAGACAGGUUGCUGCAGAGGCAAGAAUCUGUUAAUUAUAAUAUGCUUAAUCGGACACGUUAACUGCUUACUAAUUAGAAGAAUUCAAAGCAGAGGUACUCUGCUUACGAGUUUGGGAGAACAGAGUAGCUUUCGUGAGACUCUAUUUGUGUUCAAAAUUUAGUCCGUAGGUAUAAACUCAAAAUUCUAGUUCCAUCUAAAAAAAAAGGCCACCGAAAAAAAACUUUUUCAUCUUCUGGGUAGUACUUGUGCUUCAGUUAUAAGAAAUUUACGAGUGUUUUCAGCAUUUUCAGGUGACUUUAUAUUGUCCAGUUAGUGUAAGUAUGUGUAAAAUUGUGAAUGAAAAUAAUUAAGUUCAAUAGAA